GUCUAGGGAGCUUCGCUGCUCCAAAAACCAUUCCCCUAAAAUUGAAGCCCAUAGAGAGACUAUUAGCAGCGACUUCACUCUUUUUCUUUUCUUCUCUCUCGCUCUUCUAAUUUUGCCCUCAAAACCCUCCAAUAAUUACGAAAACGCCACUGCUCUCCCGUCGGGGCUCCGGUGAGGCCGUUUGGCCGGAAUCUGACAAGGAUAUGGAUGUUGGAGUGUCUCCGGCGAAGUCUAUACUUGAGAAACCUCUGAAACUGCUCACUGAAGAGGACAUUUCUCAGCUUACUCGCGAAGAUUGCCGCAAAUUCCUCAAAGAGAAAGGAAUGCGCAGGCCUUCGUGGAACAAAUCUCAGGCGAUCCAACAAGUUUUAUCCCUUAAAGCUCUCUACGAGCCUGGAGACGAUUCCGGCGCCGGAAUCCUCCGCAAGAUCCUCGUUUCUCAGCCGUCAAAUCCGCCUCGCGUUUCAACAACGUUGAUUGAGCCAAGCAACGAGCUCGAAGCUUGUGGCAAGAUUCUGGAGGAUGACGGCUCGUGCCAUAGAAGGGAUUCUCCAAGAUCAGCUGAGUUUUCUGGCAAUUCUGGUCAGUUUGUUGCGGAUAAAGAUGGCCACAAGCCUGUUUCCCCCAGCAGAAGCCCAGCUGAAACAAGUGCGCCGGUUGGGCAAAUGACGAUAUUCUACAGUGGCAAAGUGAAUGUAUAUGAUGGAGUACCACCUAAAAAGGCGCGGUCAAUCAUGCACUUUGCAGCUAAUCCAAUUGAUUUGCCUGAAAAUGGUAUUUUUGCUUCUAGUAGAAUGAUUUCGAAGCCCAUGAGUAAAGAGAAGAUGGUGGAGCCUCCCCAAUAUGGCCUUGAAAAGACAGCUGCUUCUCGUGAUUCCGAUGUGGAGGGUCAGGCGAACAGAAAAGUGUCGUUGCAAAGAUAUCUUGAAAAGCGGAAAGACAGAAGAUUUUCUAAGACCAAGAAGGCUCCAGGAGUUGCGUCCUCUAGCUUGGAGAUGUUUCUGAAUCGUCAGCCACGGAUGAACGCUGCAUAUUCACAAAACCUUAGCGGCACAGGGCUCUGCGAGUCACCUGAAAAUCAAACAAAAAGCCCGAAUCUCUCAGUUGAUCUAAACAGUGAUCUAAACAGUGAAGAUAAUUAACAAGGUGCCAAAAGAAACUGGAGAUGCUAUUACGGGUCAAAAGGCGCGCUUUACACAGAAGAACAAUUUCAUGUUCUUUUAACAAGUUAGCCAUGUACAAAAGGAAGAAAAGCAAACAAUGAAUGUUCUCGUUCACUGUGGAAGAAACAUGGCUUAAAGAUUUGAGCUGGAUCAGUACGGGUCUUGGCUUGUUUUGUUUUACCGGUUGCGUCCAUCUUUUUUGGUCUGUAAUUUUGAGUAGGUUAGAGAGACGAGAGAGAGAGAGAAUGUGGCGUUUUGUAUUAUGUAAAUGCUUGUCUUAUAAUGAGAGACCUUAUUGAUACCACCAAUCUUUGAGGUUCCAAGUAACACAACUUCUUUGUGAUUGAUAUGUAUGAGAUAAGCCCUUGAUUUGUUUAUU